ACCGGCUCGAACCAAAUGCAAACCCCUAAUUAUUUAGUACAAAUUGAUCCCCCUCUCUACACAUAUAUAUACAUGCACGAUGCUAAAACAUGUGAGGCAAUAAAAGAAAAUGGCAGAGGAAUGCUACAAUAAUGGGAAGCAUUUUGUUCUAGUCCAUGGUGCAGGAGGAGGAGCAUGGGUGUGGUACAAGGUCAAGCCGCGACUCGAGGCUUCAGGCCACCGUGUCACGGUGCUAGACAUGGCGGCUUCCGGCAAGCACCCCAAGACAUACAAAGAGGUCCAUUCAUUUAACGAAUAUAAUGAGCCUUUGAUGCAAUUUAUGGGGUCACUACAUGAAAAUGAAAAAGUUAUAUUAGUAGGUCAUAGUUUAGGUGGUAUGAAUUUGGCUUUGGCAAUGGAAAUUUACCCUCAGAAGAUUUCAGUUGCUGUUUUUGUAUCAGCAGUUGUGCCUGAUACGUUGAACCAACCAUCAUACGUUUUCGACAAGCUGUACGAGACGGCUUUACCGGAUGCCGGAAAAGAUAAUCAAAGAUCAAUGGAAGAAAGCACCAAUGGACCAAUAAUGUGGGUACACUUUGGUUCCAAAUUUCUAGCUUCUACGAUCUAUGAUUUAAGUUCCAUUGAGGAUCUUGAGCUAGGAAAAAUUAUGUACAGACCAUCGUCAUUUUUCGUAUCAGAUUUAGCUACGGCCAAGAAAUUCUCCGAUGAAAAAUACGGAUCGGUUCGACGAGUUUAUAUUGUGUGUACGGAUGAUAAAGCCGUCUCAGAAGAGUUUCAGAGAUGGACCAUAAAAUCCAGUGGGAUUGAAGAUGUGAUUGAGAUUGAUUCUGAUCAUAUGCCAAUGGCUUCCAAGCCGCACGAUCUUUGUCAACAUUUAAUUGCAACAGCACUUAAAUACGACUAAAUAUAUUCAGAAUCGAGCUAUUCUAAAUUGUGCAAUUCAUACGGUCCGUUAAAACUUCUAUGAAUAAAAAAAUAUUAUCAUGUAUAUGGGAUGAAAUAAUGCUAUUUGUAUAUUGGCGUCUGUUUCACUUUUUUGGGGGUCAAAAUUGUAGGAUUAAUUAAACUAAUUAGAGUUUAGUCCUAUAAUCUUCUUUAUAUGAAAUAAUGUCACUGAAAAUGAAGUUAUACCAAACAUUUCGAACAA